CCGAGCCUAGUCGCAGCUGCAUCCUUUCCAUCGUGUCCUCGUCGUCUUCCUCUCCCCGUCCGCCCUCGCGCCACGCCACACCCGCUCACACUUUACCCUCCCUCCCGCCGCUUUACUCCAGAUCUCGAGGUCUCCCGGCCGUCCCACCACACGGAUCCACUUGCCGCCUGCCCGCCCGGCCUCGCUGUCGACAGAGGCUUCAUUUUAUGCCACUUCACGUGUCUGUGGACAAUGGAAUGAUUGCUGUCCUGUGUCUGUGAGUUGCCAUGGGAAGCAGUGGAGCAGAUGCACAGCCUAAAGCAAGCAAGGCAUCUACACCUCAGGAGCAGCAGCCACCUGCUACUUCAAGUGCUGCAACACCAGUUGUUUACCCAGAUUGGACCAACUUUCAGGGAUAUCCUCCAAUUCCACCGCGUGGUUUUUUCCCCUCUCCUGUGGUGUCAAGCCCACAGGGUCAUCCUUACAUGUGGGGACCUCAGCCUAUGAUGCCACCAUAUGGGACUCCGCCAUAUGUCAUCUACCCUCCUGGAGGAAUAUAUGCUCACCCAUCAAUGCCCCCGGGUACACACCCAUUUGCUCCCUAUGCUAUGGCUUCUCCAAAUGGCAAUCCUGAUGCUACUGGAACUGCCACUACCACAGCUACUGCUGGUGGUCAAACAGAUGGCAAAUCAUCUGAAGGAAAAGAAAAGAGUCCCAUUAAAAGAUCCAAAGGAAGUUUAGGUAGCUUGAACAUGAUUACAGGAAAGAAGUCUGUCGAACAUGGUAAGACCUCAGGCGCAUCAACCAAUGGAGCCACCUCUCAAAGUGGGGAAAGUGGAAGUGAAAGUGAAAGUGAAGGAAGUGAAGCGAAUUCUCAGCAUGAUUCACAGCAUAAGGAAAGUGGACAAGAACAAGAUGGAGAGAUUCGAAGUUCCCAGAAUGGUGUGUCAAGAUCACCAUCCCAGGCGCAAUUGAAGCAAACUCUAGCAAUCAUGCCAAUGCCAUCAAGCGGUCUAGUGCCUGGUCCAACUACAAACUUGAACAUUGGAAUGGAAUACUGGGCGAAUACAGCAAGCUCCUCUCCAGCAAUGCAUGGUAAAGUGACACCAACUGCAGCUCCAGGGGCCGUGGUCCCACCAGAGCCGUGGAUGCAGGACGAACGUGAACUCAAAAGGCAGAAAAGAAAGCAGUCAAACAGGGACAGUGCUCGCAGAUCUAGGCUGCGCAAGCAGGCUGAAUGUGAGGAGUUGGCUCAACGUGCUGAUGUUUUAAAACAGGAAAAUGCUUCUCUUAGAGAUGAGGUGAACCGGAUCAGAAAGGAGUAUGAUUUACUUAUAUCAAAGAAUAGCUCACUAAAGGAUAAACUUGGAGACAAACAAUACAAAACUGAUGAGGCAGGACUUGACAAUGAGCCACAACAUUCUGGCGGUGACAGCUAGAAGGAAACUAAUUGAGCUAUCAUGCAAUGCUACCAGAGCAUAGCCCUAACUAGAUUAUUGGCUGGCGCAAUUGUAGUAUGCUUAUUGACUCCAUACUUUAUUGCAGUUAAUUUUUACCAGUUCCUGGUAAUGUUAAUGCCAACCUUGUGUGGCUGGUUCCUGUUUCAGAUAUGUCUUGACUUAUCUUUUAGAAGUCAAGAUAUGACUGGAAAUGUAGUUUGUGACCCAGUUCACUGUAUCUGUUAGAAAUAGUUGAUAAACUCAAGUUUACAAAUAUGUAUUGCUGACCGUUAUUGUUAUGUAACCUUAAGAAAGAACUGUAUCUUUUAAUAGUCAGGCUGCCAUUUGGCUAGGCUUGACUGGUGCCUUGGUUUGUAUGGUUCAAAUUUUUGUACACACUGGAUAUUAUAUAAUGAACACAUGGAGGACCUUUUGCUU